GCUACCUUGGUUAUCUUUCUAGCGCUUGCCUACAGUGAGGCGCACUCGGCGAGCCUGGCGCCGACAUGGCUCUGCGGAGUGUCUCACAUCGCAAAACUCCGGGCACUUCGUGGUUGCGCGAGGUGUCCCAUCGCGUUCGUGUCGUCGCUGCGGCGCAGUGACCUUAGAACCAUCAGCUGAGAGCGCCCAUCCCACCACGGGCGUCAACCGGACCCGACGAUGCCGUCGUACUGCAUCGACGUCGUGGACGAAACCAAUGUCGGGAUUGCGGUGGUGUUGACGACCGGUGACCACUCGCCGCCUGUCGCUCUCAGCAGCCGUCAGCGGCGGCUAUGAAAGGCACCGCUGGAACCCGCUGCUGCUGUAUAUACCGAGGACUAGGCUCGUGAGAAGCAAAUUAGGAAAAAAAAAACAAAUUGUCACGGGGCGUGUGUGCGUCACCUUACUGCCAAUACGAUGGUGUCCAUAAUCAAGAAUCAGAUUCUCAAGCACCUUUCCAAGUUCACCAAGAACCUGUCGCUGGACAAAAUCCAGCUGAGCACUCUUCGAGGCCACUGCGAGCUGCGCCACCUGGAGCUCGAUGAGCAGGUUCUCACCGAGCUGCUUGAACUGCCCACGUGGCUCUGCCUCACACGGGCUGUCUGCAACUAUCUCACUCUCAAGAUACAUUGGACAAAGUUAAAAUAUGUUCCUAUCCACUUGUGUUUGGACGAAGUGCUGGUUGAAGUGGAAACCUGUGAGCAACUCAGGCCACCUUCGAGCAGCAAGCCCAGCUAUAGCUCGGGAGGCCGCUAUGGCUUUUCAGAUCGUGUCGUCGACGGCAUGAAAGUGGUUGUCAACUCUGUAGUGGUGAACUUCCAGUCUGCUUCGUUUGUUGCUUCAUUUCAGCUGUCCCGGGUGGUGCUGGACAGUCGAACGCCUCGCUGGGACCCUGGGGACUUACGUCUCUGUCGAAUCAAGGGUCCCGACCAGCUGCUGCUUUUCCGACAACUCCAGUGGCAGAUGAUGCGACUGGAGGCACAUGCCCGAGGAGCAUAUGCAGGGGCACCACUGCGCCUCAUCACCAACGGGGCACGCUGCCGCAUUGUGCUCAAGAAGCGCCUCGCUGACUGCAGCCUGGUUUCCAGCCGCCUGGUCCUAAUCUUGGAUGAGCUUCUCUGGGCCUUGACUGACGCUCAGUUGGUGGCAGCCUUGCACCUGGGCCACUCUUUGGCCGCCCUGGUGAAGAAGGCGGCCGCCCAAGGGCGCCGUCACCGAGUGACCAGCUCGACCCUACCAACUCCCGACCACUUCUCGACUUCUGGCGCUCCCCCUGCUUCGUCUCAAAGGGGUGGCUCAGGAGGAACACCCAGGAGCCCCCUGGUGGAAUUCUUCAGGCAGCACGACGUGCUCGAGACGUCAUAUCAUAUGUUCUGCACUCGCAUCGAUCUCCAUCUUUGCGACGACAUGGAGCCCAAGGAGACUCGGUCUAGCUGGGGUCCCCUUCAAGGUGGUGCUGCUCUCCAGGUCCUGCUGGAGAAGCUCCUCAUCGACUACUACCCUUUCCACGGAGCAGCGAGCCCUCGCAGCCAGUGGCUCAAGUACAGCGAGCCCACAUCGGGGCGGCAGACCUGGGUGCAGCAUAUGCUGUCCCAGUGGGCUGAGGGUGGGCCAUCGUCUUCGUCCACACCGGGCAGCAACACACCAUCAUCACGUGACUGGCGCACGCUCAUGUCCAGCUGCCUGCUUGUGCGGCUCGAGGAGUUUUCCAUGCAGCAGGUAUGCAUGGCAGGGCGUAGCCAGCGUCGGCCGUUCCUGGCUUCGGAGGGUGCCACCGUGCUACUUCCAGGGGAAGCCCUGCAUCUCGAACUGACCCACUACUACGCGCGACCUUCGCCGGCCACGACACCCGUCACGGCCAAUGGCCACGUCAGGAGUCCGGGCUCCGGCAAAGGCAGCAUCGCGUCGUCGCUGGCCGGCAGCUCCGUGCCCGAGCCGCAUCUGUUCGCCUACCUGGGUCCCACUGCAUUACGGCUGGACCUUGCCACUGUGCUUUGGGGGCACGCUUUUCUGCACAGCGUCCACAAGUGCACGGCGCACCUGUCUUGUGCCAAUGGAGCGUCACCUCUGGCGGUGCGGGUUGAAAUGAUCCUGCCAAAGGUUGCAGUGCCCCAGUUUGAGCGUGAGCGCCCUCUGUGGCCUGAGGAGCACUCCUCAGGUGGCGGAGAAAGUCGCGAGUUGCAGCUCGGCUGCUCACGGGCGGUGGCCACCAACUGGCGUCCGGCCGACAGGGGUGCCUGCCUGGAGGCCCUGGGCAGGGGUCCCCUCUUCUUCGAAACCACCAGCUUUCCCUGGCGGCCCGAUGGAGGAGGGGCCAGCCCCGAUCCUCCGCCUGUGCACCCGUGCUUCCUGCAGGGACAGCAGCAACGCUCCAACGGAGACCCCGAAGUUGAGGCGUCCCUCUGGUCGGUGCAGCUGGAUCCCUGCUGGGCCGAAUUUGUUGAACGACCCGGGUCGAGACCACGUGCUUUUGUGGAGCCACUGCCCAUCAUGCUUUGGAUAGCGGCACCGGCAACGCUGGCGUCGCAUGUGCCGCUGCUGCUGCACGUGCCGGCGCCCCUGCGGCUGCAGCUGGGGCGGAGGGAGUGUGCUUUCUUGCUGCGGCUUGCACGCUCGGCUGCCGUGCUGCACGAGCAGGCAGCUGUCGACCGACUGGCUAUCCUCGGUCCAAGCGGCCGAGCACCUCCAUCAGUGAGUGUGACGGCUCUGUGGCCCCGUGUGGAGGUGACACUGCUGCUGCCACCAGCACCCACCAAUGCAGUUGGUGGUUCGGCCAGCGAUGCCUCGGAGCGGCCCUCGUCUUCAACCACCACUAGCGAAGCUGAUGAGGUUCCGCCGCAUGGUGCGGAUGACUCGCCAGACUCUCCACUGCGACAGUCACUGCCGACUUCUAUCGGCGUGCCUCUGCCAGUUCCCACAGGCGCAGGAGAGACGACCAAGGUGGCUCCCCCGUGGACCCUUCGCAAGGGAUUCGCUACUGUUGUGUCGGGAAUAGACGCAGUUCUUGCCAAAGGUGCAGCGGAUGGUGAAAUGGACUCUGUGGCAGAUGACGACACCGUCUCCCUGCGGAGCGACCUCUCGUCGGACUCUGACCAGCUGCUCCUUGCAACUGGGGCACUGGAUGAGGUCCUGGGUCGCGGUGGUGCCGCCGAAGUCGCGCAAGAUGCAGCCGAGCUUCUCGCCAUGGACCAUCACGGAGGCGGUGCACAGGCCACUACCAUGCUGGAAAGUGCCGAGUGGCACAACGGGCGUCGUGUUGGGAGUGGCUCUGGCCGUCCCUGCGUGGCGGUGCGCCUGCACGACCUGCAACUCGUGGGCUGGGCAGGCCCCAAAGGUGCAACGCUACUGCUCCAGAGUCAGCACCUAGCUCUCGAAGAAAGGCACACUGCCGCAGCUGCCACGGCUGCAGGUGGGCUUUGUGGAGAGACAGAAGAUGAGCGCUGCCUGUUCAGUGUGCGAUGGGAGAGUCCGGCCCCCGGUGGCUGUGCUAAUGAUAGGGCUGCCAGUUGUGGCCUUCGUGCACUCGUGCGAGGCCUGUGUCUGAGGUUGAGUGCCGAGGCUCUGGCAGGCCUCGCCCAGUUGGCGCAGGUGGAGCCUCCGCCACAGCAGGCAAUACCAGUGCGCCUCCUGGUUCACGGACUCAGCGUCACCCUGCUGGAUGAUCCAUCGUCAUCUGGUUCAGUCAGUGAAGAGAACGGUGGCCUGUUGCUCAAAGUGCCCCAGUGCCUCGUGGACAGGACACCCUCGGGCGCUGUCUACAUCCUGCCCACCGGAUGCGGGUCUCUGAUUGAGGCAGUGCAGCAGCUCCUGUGGAGGAAAGAAGAGCUCAGGCCGCAGCCAGAGCCAGUGUCAGUGGCACACCAACCUGACCUCAGCGGACUCGUGGAAGAGAACGAGCGGCUUCGCCAACGGCUUUCACAACUCUAUGCUCUCCAAAGGGACAACCGCCUUCUGCGCGAGCAGGUAACUGAGCUAGAGAACAAUAGUGCGGGUGAGCGGCGACAGAUCGAGGAACAGCGUGCAGAGUUGGACCGGCUGGAAGGAGAGAAGCACUCGCUGCUGGCCACCCUGCAGUUGCUCCAAGAAGAGCUCAGCCACCUGGAGCGGACCUCCUCGUCGGGCUGCGACCCUUUCUGCGGAGCCAGCAACUCCUAGACACUCCAUGCUGCCUUGCCUACUGUGCGUAGCUGCCGCUAAGAGGAAUGAUGUAGAGCCACUGCUCCACCAAAGUAUACAUAGUCGUGCUGCAUGGCAGUCAUUGUUAGCCUGCUGCGUUGAAGCCUCGACUACGUCCACAUUUAGCACCCUUUGUGCCUGUUUUCGAUAAGUUGCGAGACCACCACCUCUGUUCACCGCACCUUGGAGUUGACAAAAUCCUGGCCUGUCUGUUUCCGGAAGCAUCAGCGCUCGAUACCAUGGCAGUACACCACUUCUGGCUCGCCGAUGUCACUUUGGCAACAUAACAAAACUGCGUCCACCCGCUCAGUUCCAAAAAGAUGUGUGGCACUGGAAAGUAGUUUCCCUCGCAAUUUCAUCCCCAUUGGAUGACGGCAUUCGGCUUACUGCACCGUCGUGUAGUGUACUUCAUAUAGAGUGCUGCAUUUGUUGAAUCUCAUGGAUUUCAAGAACGUCUUGGCAAGCGCCGAGGUGUUUGAAGUAAUGUGGCCUUUGUAAGGCAAAAUACAACAGAGAUUGAAAGCAAGGAAAUGGACACACUACUGUAUUCUAAUAUUAGCAGAGCUCAUGGCCGUCAGUUGACUUGCAGUGGACUCAUUGUUUCAGUGCAUUUUGAGGUAAGGCGGCAAUGUUGCUCUUCGCCUGAACUAAGGAAAAGUAGCGCCUACAUAAGGAAGUGCCCAUUCUGAUAAUGGGGGUGCGCUGCUUUUUCUAAUGUUUGUUGGAAGGACUGCUAGUACACGUGUUUACUGCUGCACAUGUUUCGUUUUGUCGAAAUUCACUCUGUUAGCUGGGGUCCUUGUUGUUUGUUGUCAAGAGUGAAAUUAAAGACAAUGCUAGCUGUACAUAGAUGUUUUUUUUUGCAACCUCCUGUACUAAUGGAUGAAUCUUUAGUUACCCCAUGUGUGAAUAGGGUUGUGCGGCUCUGAUCUCGGCAGCACAUUGGAACUUAUAGGGAGCUUCUGGAAAUUCUUAAGGGUUGCUUACCACAGUGCAGCCUUUGUGAAUUAACAAUGCACGACCCUUAUGUUAGGGCUUAGUUGCACACUACUUGCUGUCUGCCUUGGCCACUGGUGUCGCCUGUAUCUUCUCGAACAGUCACAAGGGGCCCACACUAUCCUUGAAUGCACAUCGAAGAAUGAAAUUGCUUUUGAAUUCGAACUCGCUGGAUGAUCUCGGAUACUUGUGUUUCUGUUUCUUAAGGCAAUAUGGUAAGCGACUUAAGUUGCAAAAUGUCUGCAUGUUACAUAAGCUCCGUGUGAGCUGAGAGUGUGUAGAAAAGCUGCUUUAGUUUGAUGGCCCUUAGCUAGUGCUGCUAUAUAGUAAUGAUGAACCGCAUUUCUCUGUCAUCUAGGAUUUCCGCUAGCUCCUAAUAGUGAUCUUGUGCCUGCCAAUAACGAAAAUGCUGUCCCACCAGCACAUUCAUCAGUUGACCGAUACUGUCUGCCUUAUACAAGGCACAAAGCAUUGUUUUUGGAAAGUCAUGGCCAUGAGUCUAUUUUUUACUUCUACCUGCCAACAGUGUCUUCUAUAGUCAUCACUUUAGGCACGUUAGCAUGUUUUGUUCUCCGUGAUGUGUAAUAAUUGUUAUGCAAAUGUAAACAGAGGCAUGCAAUAAUAGUGAAUGUUCCUGCAAAAAAAAAAAAAAAAAAACUAAUGCAACUAACAUGCUAAGAAGUUUUCACUACUGUAAGCUUUCCAUGUGCUGCACCCCAAUUCUUUCUCUCUGGUGCUGUGCUUGGUGGACAUUACAUAUUGGUGCAAAUAAUCAAUUGCGAAAGGGUGCACUGAAUGACUUUUGUGCAGCUUGGCAAGAAGCAACUGAUAAAAGGACUUGAAAUUUGGACAUGUGUUAACUUUUGCUUGUAAUCUGUAAUAGUGGGACAUCACACUUAGUAUCCAAUACUGUUCCAGAAGUCUGUACCAAAGAACUUCUAUACUGAUAAGCUAUAUAAAAUAAAUGCAGCUAUAACAAAGUAUUGCUUAUAAUGAAGUAAGCAGAGAAUAGUUGUGUCACUAGUGUUUCAGUUAUGCGCUUGGAAUGAAUUUGUGGAUAUAGCAAACCUUUUGAUUUGUCAUAUCUGACUCUGCUAUGAUUAAAUGUCACUGACAUUAUUUGCAUUUCGGUUAGUGCAGCUUGCAAGCACACAAAAUAUGGUUUGUUACAGGCUUGCCUCAUUUUUUGUGAUCCCUGCCUAGUGUUUGGCAUCGAAGGUACCAGAACUUCUCUCUGUUUGGGAAGUUCAUUUCUGCAGUGAAACAAAAAAAAAAGGCUGUGGUACUAGUAGGAACAGUAACUUUGCGGGAGCACUUAGUCAAAAGCCAAUGAUUGAUUCUGUCACACCAUAAUGUGUUGCUGUGAUUGAAGAGUCAAAGUGAUUUGCAUGCUCAGUCUCUCUGCAGCAAAAGAUCAAAUCAAUGUAUACCAGUGCUCAUAAAACCACCAGUUAUAUGUGAUAUAGCAGUGUGAAAACUUCACAUUUAGACAGCAGUGUUGGUGUUGUGAAUGGCAACAAAUUUCCGGAUGCAUCUUAGCCUUGCCUCAACCGUAGUAGCAGCUGUAGUACAUUUCUAGGGAUUUUCGAACUCAAAUUAGAGCCUGGACACGGUCGUUGAAAGAAGUUUUGCUGGAGGCCUUGAAAAGAGUGUCAUGUUUCAUGUUGAUGCUAUCUUUAUUACAGGUCAGCCCUUUCUAAAGUUUUGGUGGUGGGAAUUAAAAACUGGCUUUGCCCUUGAUGUUAUUCUUCAUAAAUACAUCCCCCAGCCCUUAUGACUGUAGAUGGUAUUCUGGUGAUUGGUGCCCACUUGUCUUUUAACGUUAUUAAGAAGUUUUGAAGAGAGUUGAUGUAGAAAAGUGUUGUAGUGAGCAAGUGACUGAAGAAUAGGGCCAAUAAGGACAUAUGCUACUGGUCUAUAAGCAAAAUAUAAGCCAUAAGCAGGCCAUCUUUCUCUAGUACGACAGUAACAUUGAACGAGAUUGCCGGUUCGGCUGCUUAGAAGUUCAUAGUUUAAAAAGGAAGCCUUCUUAGUUUGAAGAAGUUAAAAGAAAUGAUUGGUGUAGCACUGAGUGAACAGUUACCUUUAUGCAGACUAAAAAAAAGGUUCUUUUUCUUGGUCUUGAAGAUACUAUAAAAGCAAUUUCUCUUGUGUUACGUUUCGCUGUUGGUCGCAUGAUAAUCCAACUGACUUAUAAGAGUGCUCAUGUGCCACAAAAAUGCCAUUGUCAUUACUGGUAAUAGUUAUAAACUUGUUUCAUGAAAAAAAUGCAAAAUGAUGGGAUGGCAGGCUGUUGUCACAAACAUAAUAAUAUUAGAUGAGAUAUGCCAACGCACAGCUACAGAUAUUUUGGACAAGCUCGAAAAAUUAGAUGCUCUCAUGGCACCACCACGAGCCCCGGGGCGUCUGUGUCUAAGAACCUUUCAAAUGUCAGAUGAUGAAACACUUCAAAGUUUUGUUUUUUGAACUUCUGGCCAAAAUUGCAUACCUGAGACUAUAGUAACUGAAUCGACUAAUUUUUCAGGCUCAAAGCAGCGCUGUCUUUUGUCAAUUCAUUUGCAGCUAUUGUGGAUUCCGGAAGUGAACUUUGCAGCAACGCCUUUUUUUUUGUGGUGAAGCUUAUUUUAAAUUCAAAGUAGGCUACUUUUAUGGCACGUAAUGCCUCUUCUUCUCAGCACUGUGUAGCCCAUAAGAGACGUGGAAAUGCCAUCGAAGAGGUGCGCAUGGCUAGCAACAUCAAGAGGAAUACAUCAAAGGUCAUAUUGUAUGAGUGCACGGUGGCCUUUGGUGCAGUGGGCAGAGGUGCAGUGGCGCGUUCUUCUCACUUUCUUUUUUCUUUUCAAGGAUUUUGAAUUUCAUUACCAUUUGGUACAGAUACCAAGCAGUCUUAAUUUAUUGUUAUAAUAGACAGUGCAACAUAGGGGCUUUUUUUGUGAGCAGGUUACUUCACCAUGGAAAAUGCACAAAAGUUGAUGAUGCAACAUCUUCUCAUUGUUGCAACCAAUAUAUUGCUGAAACCAGUAUAUUUAUACCAGUACAGUUCACCUGUAACUCUUUUAGCACAGCUUGUAGGACCACUCGAAAUUGUGCGUACAUUACAGGUUUCUUAAGCGAAGCAUUCGGUAUCACUUGCAUCUGAAAGGACUUAUUGUUUUACUCGGUUCAAGAAUAAAACGUGUGCUUCUUUCAGAUGGAAGAAGGCAGCAUGAAAUAUGAGCUAGCCACUGCUUGAUUUUGGCAAAAUAUGAGCAAGUAAAUGAGGCCAAAACAUGAGCCCAUCAUUCACAGUCUCUUAAGUCUUUCUCUAUAGUGUGUUGAUUAUUCAUUUUCUGAAGCAGGUAAAAACUUAGUGUGUUUUAAAUGUACAUGAGGGAUACUGGUGCGUCCCAAGUGAAUUCUUUUCAUUCAGUAGCACCAUAAGGUAUUAAGAAAAUCAAGACAUGAUCAAAAAGAAAAAGUGGGCCAACAGCCAUGUAGAACAUGGUAUUCUCUCUCUUAAAUCCUCCUUGACGUUACUGAUUGCUUUAACAGGUUUGCCAUAAACUGCGACACUCAUACACGCAGGAAAGAAACCUGGGCGCUCUGACCUACUUGCCAGACACCAAAUACUUUCAUCUGCAUAGUUGCUGUAGUUUUAUUUUACCUGGUACUGUGCAAGUCGUGCUGUUCACCGGAAAUUUCUGCUCCCUUGCUAGUAUGUGGUAUGGGUGAAUGGAUUAGCAUGAUGUUACUCCAUUCUUAGUGAAACUUGCUGUGUGUAUAUCUGCUGUUCGCAAUGCUAUACCAUGUCAUCUAACUGCGCCAAACUUCUGUCGCCUUAUCCGUGUGUGUGUGAAGAUUGCAGCAGUAAGUGUAGAAUGUGUACAACACCGAAUGUCUGCUUAAGUAUUCAUGAAAGCUUGUGGCUGUGUAGCUUCGGAGGAAAGAAAAGCCGCACUGUCAGUGUGUUUACUGCACUGGCAGUUUUGUAAAAGCUGGGUGUUUUUUGUGCAUAUGCUUGGUUUCCUUCAACAAAGAUUUUUAGCCAGCACAGAUUUACACAUGCCUUUGAGAAGACCAUGGAUUGAUGUUAUAAUUGCAGAGGUGUUUCUUUGAUAUAGUUAGCACAAAGUCACACUUUGUUUUGAAAAAGCUACCCUAUUCGUCCUCGAUGUUGUUUGGGAUUUGCAAAUCUGAGUUCAUUAGAGGUAAGCACAAUGCUCUAUUCUCGAUAACAGCUGUCAUGUCCACUGGCAGACUAUCAUCGGAAUUCGGAGUUUGUUUAAAACCGUGCUCUCCUGGUGAGGCAAGGGAGGGUUAUUUGUCAUCAAGGCGAAGCACUUUGAAACUGUUUUUGAAACCCGCAUAGCUCUUCUGAAUCGGCUAAUAAUAAAAAGCAGAAAGAACAGAUCAUUUGCUCUGAAACGAAAGAAAAGAAAAAUUAAAAUAUGUCAGAAUAAACCCUCGGUUUUUCACGUCUCAGUGGUCCCAGUUUUAAAUGCUGUCUGCACCUGCAGUUACUAUCCUGUUUAUUCCUAAGCUCCUGGAUUGGUGCAUGGUCUAUAGAGAAUUACCAUUUCUUCAUUUAUAUCCUGUACCUAGAACCAUAUGCAUUAUGUUCCUCAAAGCAGUUUGAGCUGCCUCAUGUGCAAAAAAGGUUCCAGACUUUUCACAUUUUAAGUCAGUUGGUGCUCGUGGCAGCAUUUAUUUUUUGUCAGAAUCUCGGCUAUGAAAACUACUAGAGAUAUCAGUAGGAGGAGAGCUGAGAAAUAUAUAGGCGUAGAAAAAAAAUUUGAAGAAGUUUCAAUUGUAGCAUAGUUGAGUGGGAGCUUGGUAAGUAAAGCUACUUUUUAAGAUGAAAAGCUUUGUUUCUUGGGCAGCUCUUUCAACUGAUGUACUGUGCUGUAAGAAAAAUUGUGUUAUUAUUUGUUAUCAAACUACAUAACUAAGCUGAGAGCCUAUGAAUAUGACUACGAGCUGAUACUUCGCUUGCUGCACUGCUUUGGUGUGCUGAGUUAGCAUUUAAUGCGAAGCAGAUGUGACUGCCAAAAUAAUGCCUUCUCAUCUUUUGUCUCUUCAUUAAAAUUUAUACCUCUAAGUUCUCUAUUGCAGCAUUAUACAACGAAUAAUACUCUUCGUUGCAACCUGUUCAUAAAUAUUGGAUGUGCUGCUCACAUCAUCCUCAAUGUCUUCAUUGCCUCUGCUUUUAUUUCUCUAGUUUCCUGUACUGGAUAUAUAUUUUCUUCAGAAAAUGCCCAACGCGUGGACAUCAACUUAUUUUAAAGAAUGAUAACGGAGCAGUUGUCCAAGCCUUCUCUGUAAAAUAUACACUACAUAAGCAAAAAAAAUGGUCAGAAAUAUUUUAUUGCUCAAUGUCUUAAACAAUGCUUCUCUUAAGACCAUUAAACAGGGUAUCCCUCAAAUCUGAACAAAACAGAAUACAAGCAGAAUAAAGGAGACAAGCUUGAAUAUCCACUUUCAUUGUCCCACUUUGAUUGCUUUGCAAGCACUGGUACAAACGACCUAGCUUAACGAUGAAGCUGCACCCUUCGCUGUGGAACUGUUCUUCAGUGCAUCCAAAGAUUCAAUGCUAAGUACAUGAUCAAAGCAAAGCUUAUACGAGUUUAUGUAGAAGUUUGCUUUUGACAUUUUGAAAUAAUACCUUCAUGAAAGAACAAGAAAAUGCCAAGACAAACCUCGGUUGCAUUAAACUGUUUUCCUAUGCCUCAAAGUUAUUUUUGGGCCAGAUUUUUUUCAUUGACUCAGACUCAUACAUUGGGCCAACUACACUUGGCAUUCGUACGAGCAGUGAACAGCCAAAAGUUUCAGUGAUAGCACUGUUGUUAAGUUGCAGAACGUUUAGAAACCCUCCUUCCCUUCGUGUGAAUAACUGUUGGGCAGAGCAUGCUAGCGAAUGCUGCCUUGAAAUCUUUGUUGGCUUAGUUCCUCAUGUUUCCUUGUGUAUUUAGCUGCUUCCCAUUUUUUUUUCAUUGUCGUAUAUUUUUUAUGCUUGUAUAUAGUUACAGUUUGGCAACCUGCUCACUGUUUUAUGGCAACACAUUUUAUGGUUUUUUGUUUGUGAAGCUUUUUUUUGCUAAAAAAAAAUCUUGUGCAAUGUGUAUUGUGCACCACUGUGUGUGCGGCAGGCAUUUCUCGUUUGGAUUUGGUGUGCGUGUGUGCAUAUUUGUGUGCUUGCAUGUCAUCACAGGUACAAGCACUUCAUGUGCAGUGGCAACAAAUCGCUAAUUUACUUGCUCCCUAGGAGUGGGGCAGUGUGUGAACUUAGAUAGGUCUCAGUUUUUAUUAGAGUGUGGCCUUAGCUCAAACCCAAGUGUAAACAGUUACUAGAGCACUGCAUUGAGAGGUUGUACUCUUUCCAGCAAUAUGUGUAUGUAUGUAUUAUAGGUUGUGAAACUUCUACGAAGAAGCUGUUUCUUUGUGUGCUUAAACGAAGAAAGAUCUACCACUCUGCCUCUCUCUUGUCUUUUUGGUGUUGAAGACUGCAUGUUUUGUGAAAAAUGCAACACCUCCUGUAUUUUGGUUGUGUACUGCUUGGUGAUCGGGUGACGUGGGUGAGCUGUAAAGCACGUAUUGUGCAAGCCCGUUCGGUCGUUAGACAAGCAGGGCACUCAUCAACAUGUGAUUUGUUGCUGUGGAGCAAAAAUUGUGGACAUAACAUGGCAUCACUGGCUGUGUAAGUGCAGAACAUAAAAUGUACCUCAAGGAACUGCAGAUAAAAUGACACAAAGGAAAAAAUUAGUAGGUAGAGAAACACCUGGUAAGAUUAAACAAGAACGGUGGCUGGUUUUCUUGGUGAAAUCACUACAGCGAUUGUUACUGUUCUUUGUCCCCAGGUGUUAUUUUGCAUGCUGUGCACUUAACUUCUGGAGUAUUUGGGACAUGUGACAGAGAGAGAGGAGUUUUACUAGCAAAGUUUUAUUGUUCUCUGACUACUUCGUAACGAGACUGCUACACUGGACUAAAUGAAAACGUGAGAAGGCUACGAUGCACAUUAGUUGUUGAAUAUAAGUGUGACAUCACUGGCGUUUCUUUUUAGCAAUUUUAAACAUUUUUUUGAAAAGUAAGUGAACCAAAUGUUUCCCAAGCAAGCUUAUUUCUGUGCACUCGUGCCUGUUUAUUUUACAGGAGUUGUGUUAUACACUGUGAUGUCUGUGGAAGUUUCGUUGUCAAGCUGCUGGAAAAUGUGGGUGCAUUGAAGAAGUGGCAUUAACUAUUUAUUGAUAAUAUCACUUGUGGAGUGCAUAUGUGAUUGCCAACUAAAUUGAGUCUUCCACUGUGGAGAGGCAGCUUUGGCAAUUAAUUUGUACAACCUUUCAUAGGUUUGUUUCAUACAUAUGGCUUUCAAUUCUCACCUACUGCAGUGAGCCAGUCGUCUCGGUGGUAUUUGAAUUCUCUACCAAUGUCAGCAUUUAGUGUGAAACUAUAUUUGUUGGCGGCGCCAGAACUCCGAGACAUCGCUUUCUCAGUGCUUAACACUUCUCUGAACAGAUGAUGUGAGAGUGGCAGGUUCUUGUUUUGUUCUACUUAAGCAUCGUGGCGAAAUGUAAAUCUGGGUGACGCAGCAGUUUUGCAUUGGGACAGAAUGAAGAUGUUCACCAAUGCUGGCUGGACGCAAGCAAGACGUUCUGUGAUUGCAAUAAAAAGUGACAAAAAUACA